GGUGCGGGUGACUGCAACGAUGUGGACAACGUUAACCGCAAGUGCCUCUAUCGUCGAUACACCUCGCUUUACUUAACUGUCGUCGUUGAUAGCGUUCUUUACCUGAACGCAGUUGUCGACCACGGUGCGCAUUAAGAGAAGGACGCGGCCAUCGUAGAAUUCGUUCAAGCGGCCAUGGAAUGCCUUGACUGGUACGUUGAGAAGGUUUGCACGCUGGAUGUCCUGUGCAACUCCGAGGAGGUAUGCCUCCUUCUAAAGGAAGUGCUCGUGGACUGUCGGGUUGGGGGGUGAGUGAGAUGAAUGAAGGCAAUGCGCUGCAGUCUUUUUGUGGGCUGACGUUCGAAUAUCUCGUGCCAUCUCGUUGACAAUCGAUGCCGAUGCAACUGCUACAUUGUUGUUCUUUUCCUACGCGAACACUUAGUGGGCCGGUACAUGUGCGGACGUACGUGUAAGACUGUGUGCUUCUGCAGUGUGUAGGAGGCGUUUACGGUUCUUCCACCUCUGUUUUUCCUUGAGCUGUGCUAUCGAUGCGAGGCGUAGGUGUUGUGGGUUUCUCCGACCAAUGAGCACUAGCGCCACCGAAAACUAAGAAGCAAGGAAAUGGACAUGCAAGAAAAGCCUACGGCGCCUUGUCGUAGGUCUCUCCAUCGCAUCGUCUUCUGUUGUCGUGUCUGAUAUGGCGGGCCCUAA